UCGCGGCGGGGCCGAGAAGUGGUCAUGCUGCUUUCAUCAAACAUGCGACGUGAGGCCUGACACAACAAGCAGCACAACCUCUGGCUAAGCACGGCGUCUGAAGCAGAGAUGAGGAGCUCCAUUCAGAGUCUAACCAAGAGCUUAGCUGGCUCCGUUGAGAAAACAAGCAGCAAGACCAUGUCGGAUGGGAAGAUUUUAAAAGCGGAGAUAAUCUAUAUCAAGGAUUCACUGGAAGGAGGAGCAGGAAAAGAAACUAAGAAAAAUGAGCUGCACUCUCCAUUGGACCGAGUGAGCCGCUCCCAAACCUCCACGUCACUCGGUGGCCAGUCUGAAAAUACACACAAACACAGCGGCACUGCCUCCCUGGAGACAACUGCAAAUAAACACAGGGGCCUUUCCCAGCAGUGGGGUCACGAUUCCUCUGGACACGUUGAGGUUAGCUCGGGUUUCUCUACUGAUAUGCCGACUGGGUUGGAUGGCACAACGAGCCCAGCAUACUCGGCACACGUGUUCCCCACGCCGGCUUCAUCCAGAGAGUCCAUCCUCUCGCAGAGCUGGGAUAGAGACAAGAUCUGGCCAGCCAUGUCGCUUUACUCUGUUGCCUCUCCUCCUUCUCUUAGCCGCACUGUAUCCCCGUGCUCCUCCGUCCGCUCUGGCGUCUUUUCUCCUGCCGUGGUUCAGAUCCGAAAGCACGCGCUUGCUCCGGGCUCCAGUCUGGUUCACAUCCCUCAGUCCUGUUUCUCAUCCUGCGACAGCCUGACUUCUCCAGUCUGCCCACAGUCCCCCCCUCCACCCCGGCACCGGCCUCCCCUCACCAGACUCUCUCUCCUGACAGCCAUCCUGAGGAAAGGCCGUCUGCCCGUUCUGUCUGCAUCUCUCCGGAGGCCUUACACCCCCUGCUGGCCUGUUAACCCUGUGACCCUCACCUUCUGCAACGCCUGCUCAGCAGCUUCCAGCGUGGCCUCCAUUCCCCUAGAGUUUUCCUCUCCGUUCUCUUCAUCUGCAUCCUUAGAUAGUCAAACCUUUGCUCACAGGGAACCUAAUAAGUCUGUUACAGCCCCCCCGCCUAAGCUCCCGAAUGAGCACAGCAAGCCUCAGACUUCAGAUAAAAUGUGCUCCGGGGAGAUUUGCCCGAGAAGCGUGCCAAAGUGGGAGCAGGAUAUUUCAUCGCCCCCGUUGAAGAGCACAGUGUUACCAAGCGAUGCACCGCCACAGUUAUGCUCAAAACUCAAAAGUGUUUCACCGAACCACAAAGAAGUAACACAGAAACACUCUUAUGUGUUAAAGCCUCCUGAUCUGAAGCCCAGUUUUGAUCACAUGCACCUCAGCAGCAAAGGAGAGCGUCACCUUGAAAAACAAAUGACUCAUCCUCAACUUUUUCAUCAACCAGCCACUUCUGGAAUAGAGAAAAGUUGUCAGCAGAAUUCUUCUCUGUCAAAGCUUCGUUUGCUUUCUGAGCGACUGCGAUCGCCUUCUCCCUGCACCCCCUUGUCUUCUCCAUCACAUUCCCGCUCAGCCAGCGCCGCCACAUCACCUGUACCUUCUCUCAGCAUGGGAAGGUGUAAAUCACCGCAAGCUUUCCCCAACGCACCCAACCUGACGCCUUCCCGCUACACGCCCGUCGCUUUUUCCGGGUGGUCCUCGGCCAUCGGCUCUCCCACGCCAACGCCCUCGCCCGCCACACUAUUUCGAGACCUCACGCCAUCCCCUUCCUUCUCUCUGCGCUCCACGCCCUCCCCGAGGCCGGGGAGUGGAAUAUCAGACUGCAGUGACAGGGAGGGUAAAAAAAGAAAGCCUCACAAGAUUAAGUCAAGCUACAAAUCGCUCGCUGCAAUCCCUACAAACACUGUUCUCUUGGAUCAGCAGGUAAUAGAUGAGCAGGUGGAGAGUGAGAACAUCUUGAAAAGAGGCAUCACUAGUGAAAGGGCUGAUGAAGACACCCAUGCUGAAAUGUGCUCACCUGCUCAGCUCCGGCAGCAGUCCGAGGAGUUGUAUGCAGCCAUUGAUGAGAUACUGGCAAAUUCCACUCCACCAAGCAAAACGUCAUCCAAGAUCUCAAUGACUCAGAUCAGUUUGCAGAACAACUCUGCCAAAUCCUUGGGACGUGAAACCAAAUAUGCGUCUUUAAGCAGCUUGCAUCCACCUGCAAGUGUCAAAAGAAGGCUGAUGGACUCUAAAAGGACGACGCCUGGGGUUAUUCGUCCCAUGAUGACCAUUCAAAGACUGUCAGAGAAAGAUGGAGAAGAAUAUAGACACCAUCCCUUCGGAGAAACAGAUGCCCAUUGUUGCUUAAAAGGCAAAAAUGCAUGCAAGGCGGAAAGUGUGGGCUUUGAAGACACCGGGGUAAAUGGUCACACAAGUAGAAAAAGGCAAGCGCUGCAAGGAGAAAGGACAUCCGAAAUAAGAAGUCCAUUCGCCAUGUGUGAAUUGCAGAUCAUUGAGCCUGAAGGCCAGAUCAGUCACUUUGAGGUAGAUGCCUCCACCUCUCUCUGCUCGGAAGCUUGUGAAACUCACAUUUAAGUCAAGAACAUCAAACAAUGAACCAUUUACCAUACCAAUCUGUAGAAGACUAUAUAUAUAUAUAUAUAUAUAUAUAUAUAUAUAUUCAUGAAUAAAUGUUUAA